AUGCGACGCGUCUGUAGCCACAUGAGGAUCUUCCCGCACCACAUCCGCGCCCCUCAUGCUGAGCCCCGGAUUUUCUUCUGCGACAAUGUGAGCUGCAGCGGGGUGGGCGUCCUCCAGCCACGGCACGCCCAAGACGCCCCGGACGGUGUCAGACGAUCGGCCGUUGAAGCGGCCUGCGCCUCUCUGGGACCAUAUGACCCAGGCCGCUGGACGGACGGCUUUUCGUCUCUCGCUGAGCAUGCGUCUGGAUCCGCUGCGCUGCCACUUGACUCCCCGGAUAGCCGCGCUCCCUGUAGGCCUCACCGCGCAGCUGCUGGCAGCCUUGCAUGCUCCUGCCGAGCGGAGUGUCCUGCCACUGAGCAUGGCCACAGACAGUUUUCAGUUCCCCGCCUGGCAGCAGCAUCCCAAUCGCCCACACGAGUUCCUGUCGCCACAGAGUCCCUCUCGGCGAUGGAGUCACUCCGCCUUGGCCCGCUGGCGGUGCACGACGACGUCGGCAAGAAGAUUUGCACCGCGCCGCAUUCACUGGUGCAUCGAGGUCGCACUGCUGGCUUUACAUUUCCCCAUGACACUGCGGAAUCCUACGCAGCGUGA